AAUUUGACAAGUAACAUAAAUCAGUGACGUUGACAAUCCACAAACCAAAUCUCAACAGUUUUAAAAAUAUUUAAUGGAAACAGGAUUAUUUUUAUUUAGUUUACUAAAUUAAAUUAAACAAUUUGUUUCUGUAAGACGUUCUUUUUUGAAACUAAGUAAAAAUGAGUCUUGUAGCUAAUACUGGAAAACUUGCGGGCCGAACGCUGUUUAUUACUGGUGCUUCUCGUGGAAUUGGCAAGGCUAUAGCUCUGAAAGCUGCGAAAGACGGCGCAAAUGUUGUAAUUGCCGCGAAAACUGCCGAACCUCAUCCCAAACUACCUGGCACUAUUUAUACCGCUGCUGAAGAAAUUGAGGCUCUUGGUGGAAAGGCAUUGCCAUGCAUUGUUGAUGUUAGAGAUGAGAAACAAGUGCAGAAGGCUGUUGAUGAAGCCGUGAAAAAGUUCAAUGGCAUUGAUAUUCUAGUGAACAAUGCAUCAGCCAUUUCACUAACGGGAACAGCCCAGACUGAUAUGAAAAGAUAUGAUCUCAUGCAUAACAUUAAUACCAGAGGAACCUUUUUAGCGUCGAAGAUAUGUCUACCAGUUUUGAAAAAUAGCAAUCACGCCCACAUUUUGAAUCUGUCACCACCUCUUAACAUGAACCCGUACUGGUUCUCAAUUCAUGUAGCAUACACAAUGGCCAAAUACGGUAUGUCUAUGUGUGUGCUUGGCAUGAGUGAAGAAUUCAAACCAUUCAAUAUCGGUGUCAACGCUCUGUGGCCAAAAACAGCUAUAGCAACAGCGGCCAUUGAAAUGUUGACCGGGGACACGUCAACAAGUCGCAAGCCUGAGAUCGUUUCCGACGCGGCGUACCUCAUGCUCUGCAAAGACCCAAAAACGUAUACCGGCAACUUUGCUAUCGACGAAGACGUCGUGAAGGAAGCCGGCAUCAAAGACUUAUUACCCUAUGCCUGUGAUCCGAAGAAUGCUGAUAAGCUAUUACUGGACGGUUUCCUCGAUGAUCCGUCAGCGAUGAGUCAACAUCGGGCGACCGUCUCCUCCGCUUCCAGGAGGGGGUACCACACAUCAGCCGUUAACUAUAAAGAGAAGGAAUCCGACACCGCAGGCGAAAUCCCAGCGCUGUUUUCAUUGAUCGGUAAAAACCUGAGCGCCGACUUAGUGAAGAAGACUCAAGCCGUAUUCCAGUUCAACGUCAAAGGUAAAGAAGAGGGAGUGUGGCAUAUCGACCUCAAGAACGGCGAGGGUACGUGCGGGCAGGGCGAGCCCAAGAACCCUCCGGACGCGACUCUGACGAUGGACGGGAAGAACUUCACUGACAUGUUCGCGGGAAAACUAAAACCGACGACAGCCUUCAUGAUGGGAAAACUGAAAAUCAAAGGUGAUCUACAAAAGGCAAUGAAGCUUGAAAAGAUGAUGCAGUCGUUGAAGAAGAAAGCUUAGUUUUUGUAAAGCAAUGUUGCCAGUGCAAUAAUCGAUAGCUGCGCGAUGCUAAUCAGAAAUGUAAUGAAAUUAAAAAAUAUAUUAUAUAUAAAUAUAGAUUUAGAGCUAAGAAUUUUAUUUUGUUAAGAUUAAAAAGAUAUAUUUAUGACACGUUUAAUUUAAUAUUAUUGGCGUAUUUUGAGCUCUUCAAUAAGUAAUCGUUUUGUAAGUCCAAGAACAGAUUAUGAACAUUUUUCUAAUAGGUAACUAUUACUUUAACUGUACUGUUAAAGAUCUAAAUUGAAAGGAAUUUAAAAUGGAAAAAUUGUAAUGCAUAAAGCAAAAUGAAAUAAGUAAAAGUCCAAAUAGGGUUCAAAACGUUAGAGCUUAACGACUUUUUCAAUGAGUAAAUUUGAUACAAAACACGUAUUUGCUAAUGAACCAAGAAACAAAUGUCUAGGAUGUGGUAUAAGAAUUGACAUCAUGUUCGCUAUCUACACUUGAGGCACUGCCUCCUGUGACAAAUUGGAUGCAAGACGAAGCAUAAAAAAACCUUGGAAUGUAGCUUUUACACAUUUGUUCUAUGUAGUCCAUAAAUCGCUUAAAAUAUAGGUAUAAAAAAACUUUUGUUAUAUAAUGAAAUUCACUUCAGGUGCAGAAACGAAUGUUACUAUAAAAUAUAAUAAAAACAAGUCUUAUAUUGUUAUAAAUUCAAAAAUGAAUAUUUAUUUUUAAAUACCAAAACAAAUGUUAUAGAAUACAUUAAAUUUUUUUUUUUUCUAUUUUAUGUUUCAAUUACCUUUGUUAAAUUUUAAGUUUGUGUGUUCAAAAUAUCAGUGCCUUAUCGGACGCUUCUAAACAGAAUUAAUAAUGUAAGAAAGGUAGGCUUAAACAUAACGUACUACAAUCAUUUUAGUAUCAAAUUUUGUAUUUGUAAAUAAAUAAAUUUCUCUUUUUAAUUUAA